CGUCGCUAAGCCCUAUCAAUUAGGCGGGGUGUAAAAUAAUUACAGCGGUUUCGUUUAGGUACCACGACUUUUUGAUUGGAUUAUCUCGAUCUUCAAAGUCCACACCACAUUACCACAUCACAUCAACAAAGAGAAAAGGUGGUCGGUUUCAACCGCUAGACGUCUUACGUCGCUCGCUAUGCGCCUCCCACAACCAAUGUCCCAAUGUCCGCCAACAAUACCCCCAAUGGCAACUCGGGGCCAGCAAUACAGAAACCCCCUAAUAAGGUGAACGGCGCCUCUUCCUCGUCCGGUCCCUCCAUCCACGAUGCUUCGAACCUUUCCGAUGUACGCGCCGCAUUGGCCGCCCUCCACGUUCGUGAGACCAACGUAACGAAUCGCCUCAAUGCACUCCUGUCUUCUCAAGCAGACCUAUCUAGGGAAUUAGGUCGGCUUGAUUUACUCCGUGCGAAUCUCGGCUCCCAAGUUAUCGCAACGAGAUCUAUAAGCAAUGGGAUGCUGUCCUCGGCAGCCGACACCGCGGGGCGGCUUUCUAGUCGGGUUAAGAAGCUCGAUUUGGAAAAAGAGAGGGUGCAGCAGACAUUAAAAGUUGUUGAACAAGUGGCUGAGCUCAAGGCUUGUGUUCAUGGGGUCGUUGGCAGCAUGGGUGCCCCGCAGGAUUGGGAGGCGGCGGCAGGUUAUAUAUCCCGAGCGAGCAAAGUGCCGGAGCCGAUUAUACGUGGUGGAUUUGCGGCUUCUAUGGUCCCAAGUGUUGAAGUACCAGAUGCGCCUUGGGUCACGCUUGAGAAUGCGAAGGAAAGUUUAUGCGGCUUAUUCUUGCGAGAAUUCGAAAAGGCUGCUAAAGAGGGUGAUGGUGCUAAGGUCACAAGAUUCUUUAAGCUAUUUCCCCUGAUAGGAAGAGGGGAUGUUGGAUUGGACGUAUAUGGACGAUAUGUAUGUCAGGGUGUUGCCGGCACGGCCCGAGCGACUCUCAGGGCUGCACCAGGAGAUGCAGGGAAGAGGGAUGGCUUCUUCUACGCCAACGCACUCACGAAGUUAUUCGAACAUAUCGCCCAAAUUGUCGAGAGUCAUGGUGGGCUUGUGGAAAGGCAUUAUGGCGAGGGAAAGAUGGUUAAAGUUAUAGAAAGACUCCAGAUGGAGGCCGAUGUGCAGGGCGGUAUCAUAUUGGAUUCAUGGAGCGACGAACGAGGCAUCGAUAGGAAGCUUACAGAUGCGAAGAGCUAUCCUUUCUCUUUCCUAGUACAAAGCUUCCUUCCACCGCAAAGGACACUUACAGGUACACCGCGUAUGAAUUCCCCGGCGGUAGGUAGUGGGACCAACGCGCGAAAUAGUGAAGACGAAGGCGUAGAUAUGAAGGAAGUAGAUGGCCUCUUAAGUGAGAUUUCCAUCAUGCUUGGUCGAUGGUCAUUAUACUCGAGGUUUCUUGCUGGAAAAUGCAGGGAUCCCGAUACCCCUGAAGACACCCCUCUAUCAAUACCAGAGGUCGUCACAAAAUCCAAUCUACACCGAAAAAUCUCAUCGAAACUCACAACACCUUACAAUUCUUUAGCGAUGUUCUUCUUCAGGAGAUCCGUUGAAAAGGCAUUUCAACUGGAUGAAUCACCUUCCGGCCUGUCCCUCAAUAUUAAUAAGUCGAUUGAUGGGAAUGCGCCUUACAUAAUCUCAGCCGUUGACGAUGUAAUGUAUAUCGUCAGUGCAAUAAUCCAAAAAGCCAUGUCAACCUCACAACGCGACGUAACGGCCUCGGUUAUUCCAGACGUCGGAAGAGUAUUAGGGUCGGACUUUAUUGGAAUGGUGCAACGAAGAAUGCGAGAUGAAUCUUAUCCGCAACCUGUUGUACAAGGAGGGCUGCCACCCGAAAAUAAGAUUGUUGCCUUCAUUGUGCUUAUUAACAGUCUGGAUGUCGCAAAAGACUACCUGGCCCGGAUCAUCACAACACAAUUGGGAACUUCCUCUGAACAACCCAAUGGGACAUCCCAACCAAACCCUCUCGCCGCCUCAUUUCCGUUUGACCACGAUGUCACAUUUGUAACCACAGCUCUCAACACAUUGAAUUCUACGUUCUCUCUUAAGACGGGCGAACUUAUAUCCGAUGCCUUGAAAGUUCUUUUUACUUUCGUCGUCAAGCAAAGAUUAAAACCUGUUCUUGUUGAUGCCUUCCGAGAUGCGGAUUACUGGCGUUCCGAAGACGAAUUAGCAGAAAUUGCACAGCAAAACGAUGAAGACGAAGAUGAGGUUAUAGAUCGUGUACAGAGAAGAUUCGAACACGGGUGGGACGCGCUGAUGAAACCAAUCGCGAGAUUAAUGACUCCUAAGACAUUUACCGCACUUACAGACCUCACAGCAGCAGAUCUAGCUAAGACACUAGAAAAGCGAGUCUGGAGUUAUAGUGGGAAGACGAGUGCGUACGGAGCCAUUCGAAUGGAUCGAGACUUUUCGGGCAUCAUUAGCACCGUUUCUAAAGAUAAUUAUUCCGUAAGAGAAAUGUUUGCGAGAGUAACGCAAAUACUCAUGGUCGCGAAUAUGGAAGAGGAAGAGUGGGAAGAAAUAAGUAGUGAAGAGGGAGAGGAUGGUAUCCAAUGGGUGCUCAAUGAGGACGAAAGACGAAGAGCUAGGAACCUAGUCAGGGCAUGACAUGACAGGCGACCUCUAUCUAUAUAAAUAUGCUCUGGAUUUAUAGCAUGGGACCAGUGGAGGGUGUACUUAGUUCUAAAAAGUCACGAUCGGAGGUAAAAUAAAGGGGGUUUUACCACUCAAUUCACUUUCCACCUAGCUACAAACUCCCCAGCCCUCAUCUUCGUAAUUCCACGUGUAGAAGACCUCCAGAAGAACAUAUAAUUACCUGGGUAUUUGAC